AUGCUGAAGCGCGGGUGUUGCCAUGUUGCCCUGGGGGCCGUGUGGGAAGUCACUUCACUGUUAAUUUCAAGGCGAAGUCAUGCCGCGACAGCCCCGCAAUCGGGUGCAAAUUUUAAUCCACGCCGCGUACGACUUGUUUCUUCUACGUCAACACUCGGCGCAGGUGCGGAGUCGUUGCCCGUGGAUGUGAACCCUUUGUCGUCCGAUCCAAACGAUCCCUACAGGCAUGUCUGCAUCUACCGCAAGGACAUGGUAUCAGACGUUGGUGGUCGCGCAUUUCAACUUAGUGUGGAUGUGCCGCUGAAAAAAUUUGUGGAUCUUUUUAGCGAUUUUGAUGCCAAACGGUGCAAACUGUGCAACGAAAGUUACAUGCAGUGGCACAGUCACAGUGGAGUUAUUCCUCAUUCAGGUCGGGAGGCGCUGAUGCUGGAGAUGGUGCGUGCAUAUUGUGGGACACCUGAAGAAAUUGCAAAGAUGUGGUGGCACCGCCCUCAUACCUCUCCGGUUUUUAACCGCAUUCCCUCCCUGAGCCAUGAGAACAGUCAUAUUCGUAAACGUCGGCUGCAGUACUUACUUCAAUUUUUAAAGGAACGAGAUGUCAUUCGGGACACCUUUAAUGUGCAGCAGAGCGCUGGAGGUGCUGGUCGUUCAUGGGAAUUUGAACGCCUUGAGUGGAUUGGGGACAACGUGGUGAAGUAUGUUUUCAAUGAUCGUUUUAAUGUCAUUUUUCCGGUGCGCGAGGGUGGGAUCCGUGGUCGACUGGGCUACGCUCAAUUCAUGAUUGACGGCAAUGACGGGCUGGCAAGGGCAUAUGACCAUCUUGAGCUGCAGAAGUUCACACUGAGCGAUCGCGUUGUAAGCAAAUUCAAGAGUGAUGUGGUGGAGACGCUUUUUGGGGAGCUGCAGUUAUUCUUGUGGUCUUCAGAGACAGACGUUGGUACCACGUACUUUGAGUUGCCCUUUACGCCGGAGAUGUUUUCUCUUAGGGCACUUGUGUGGCAUGUGAUGGAAGAGCUGGCGCACGUCAUGUUCAUGUAUCACGUUGAGCACAUUCUUGGUGCGAUUCAGCGCAUUGUCCGGGAGCAUCAGCUGCAGUUCAUCCGCGCCGAUCCGUCGCUCCGCGGCCACACGGACCUUCAGAAUGAGCUGGCGAGCACUCUGUACGCCAAGAAGAGUUUGACAGGAUCAGGAAAACUGACACCGACGAAGACGUCCCCUAGUUUGCGAUUCAAAGACGGCUUUGCCGCGUUGUACCAUGAGUCAUCGAAUUACGACGGGUUCAAACGUGUGUACGCACUUGGUGGUCUUUUGCCACGCCCCUUUUCUCGCGAUGAGUUGUCAGCGACACCAUCAUUCCUGCCGCACCUGCAGGAGGAUGGAGUGAUGGCCAGUCGGGUGCCGUCAGACUGGUGGUCAAAGCUGAUGGACACGACUGAGGAGGACGCGGCGGUACGACAAGUUGUGGUUUCUACUUUAUCACCAUCAUCUUUGCAUGCCGCCGUGACACCGACACCACAUCCGCGCUCGGACGCUGCAGUGACACCACAUCUAAGCGUGCCGGAACUCAAAGACAACCUGUUGGUGGCGGAACUGGUGUAA